AAACAUAUCAGGGGUAAAAUGUAAACUUCAUUAUCUCUCUCUUCUUUCUUCCUCUCCCCGAAUCAAACACAGAAAAUCCCAGCCCCAUUCUUCCCAGUUCUAAGUUCUAACCCUUACUCUUCUCAGUUAAAUUUUUUCAUCUUUCAUUUUUAGGGUCUCUGUUAAAACGCUUUACUCGGUUGGUUCGUCGACAUCCUAUUCCGGCCCUCCUUCACCAAAAUCUGAUGGAGAAGACAUUGUUCCAAUCUUAGGUCGGAAGAUGUAUGUUUUUCUCUGCCUCAAGUACGACUGCUGAUCAAGUGAUAUGCAAAUCUGAUGUUCGAGUUUAUGCCGCAACACUUUGUCUUGACAAUUUCCUAUUUUAAGUAACUUCUGGAAGCAGAAGCAGAUUGGUUUUCCUUUAUCUCCUCCAAAUUAAUUCUCCUCUACUGAGGAACAGUUUUGUAUCAAAAUUUGCCGCCAAACGAUGCUGUCUCUAGAACCUUACAUGAUCACCACAAUCAUCUCCAGUCGAUUUGAGAAAGUAUUCUAGAUUUAUUAAUCUUUAAGCUCUCUAUAUCUACAUCAAAAAUGUCGAAAUUUGGAGGAGGGCAAAAUUUAGCAAGUGAUGUGACACAGUUAAUCGAACAAUUAGAUCGACAUUGCUUAGCUCCUGAUGGUUCUAUGAUUUCCAAAUCUGCUUACCACGAUCUUCAACUAGCUAGAGAAGAAAUGUCAAGAGAAAGAUUGCGUUAUUUAGAAGCCAUGGCAAUUUACUGUGAGGCAAACGCGUUGAUUGAAGAGUACCAACAAGCAAUUUCGGUAGGGAAUAUUGGAGGAAUUCGAGAUGUUCAAGGUUUAUACCCUCAGCCUGGGUUAAAAUGCUCUCCUCAGGUAUACGAAUCUUUGGAGCAUAGGUUAGUAGUUGCAGAGGCAGCUCAAAGAUUGAGACUUCCUCUUAUCUCAAAAGAUGGGGAAGUUCACGAGGAAGAGAUUGAAAAAUUGAGUAUAAUGUCAAGGAGUUCUCUAGAUAGUACGAGUACUAGUGUAACGAUUAGUUCUAGCUCCAAUUCAACUAAUUAUGCAAAUAGUGUGGCUAAUAGUAAUACUCUUGUUGUAAGUUCUGCGGAUACAGGGGAACCCGAAAUAGGCGGGGUUCCAAAUCGUUUUCUGGGGAUUACACCUAGUUAUUUAAGGCAAAUGCAGCUUCAGCAAAGUCCCUCUAUCAUGGAAAUGACAGAAUAUCAGGUCCCACUAGGUCGCGUGGUUGAAACUCGAUUAAAGGCUAAAUGUGAUAAGUUAGUUGAUGCUUUUUCAAUGGACGGUAUUGAUUCAUCAUCCAGUGGUCAAAUAUCGAUUUCUCGGCUUCCGGAACGGGUAAAAUUGAUCUCUGAGGAAAUCGAAAGGGAAGAGGCUGCUUUGCGGGAGGAUCUUUAUGCUGCAGAUAGGAAGUUUGCGGAAUACUACAGUGUCCUAGAGCAGAUACUUGGGGUGCUUAUCAAGCUUGUCAAGGAUUUAAAGCUACAACACCAACAUCAAUAUGAUGAAUUACGAAAAACGUGGUUGUGCAAAAGGUGUGAGACAAUGAAUGCCAAACUGAGAGUUCUGGAACAUCUUCUCCUGCGUGACACGUACACUCCAGAUUCCAUACCAGCUCUUCAUAAGAUCAGGAAAUAUCUUGUAGAGGCAACAGAAGAAGCUUCUAUUGCUUACAAUAAGGCGGUAACUCGCCUCCGUGAAUACCAAGGCGUUGAUCCUCACUUUGAUAACAUUGCGAGACAAUAUCAUGAAAUUGUCAAGAAAUUAGAAGGUAUGCAGUGGACGAUUCACCAAGUUGAGAUGGAUCUCAAACGCAGCACAGGAAGUGGUUAAACUGAUCUUGUUUUAGAUUUUAACUUCCGUCUCAGAAUGCUUGUUGAUGUAUGAUUGCUGUCACACAAAUCGUGUACUGGAAACUCUUCGGUGACUCUUUAGUCCUUACUAAAGUACGGAAAGUUACUGUGUAUAUCUGCGAGGAUUAGUUGGUUUCCUUGAUUUGUCUCUAAAUUCUGAUGGCUGGAGGGGAAGUCCAAAAAUCGAUUUGCCUGGGUGUUGUGUUUAAAAACGUACAAGAAUGUUCUGAUUUAGCGCAAUCAAUUGUGGUCACUGUACUGUAGAUGAAAGUUUAAAAUAUCAGCAAAUUAAGCGCGAGAUGUUUUAUGAAUUCCGAAGUUCAAUUGAAUCCAUUUCUCUAAAAAUUCCAUUCAAAUAGGAAUACAAGCCAACAGCUCCUUGCUUCUUUA